AUGGGUCAGUGGCAGAGCUCGCCGGUAUGCACGACGCCAGCGUGCGUCCACGGGGCCUCCUAUGUUCUUCAGAACAUGGCCCCGAACUGGGAAGAGAUGGACCCCUGCACAGAAUUUGACAAGAUGGUUUGUUACGGAGCCUACGAACAUAACGGUGAUGAUUCGGGCACUUUCCCCGUAGUCCAGAAGCGCACCGCCCGCAUCCUAAAGAAGAUCAUGGAGAGCAGCAGUCAUGCCGAGGCAGCGGGCUUCAAGUCUACCUUGCUGGUCGCCCGGAACAACAUCGAGGAGUCCAAUUUCGAUAUGCUACGGACGGCCUACCAAUCCUGCAUGGACACCGACGCCAUCGCCGCCGCGGGCAUCAAGCCCCUGAACGAUCUGAUCGUAUCUGUCAACAAGACUUGGCCUGUCCCCCCCACUGACCUGGAGACAAGCCUCGGGUCGCGCGACAUUGAUGGCCUGCGGGAGGCGGCACUGCUCCUCGCGCAGUAUGACAUCCCGGUCUUCUACAGCGCUUGCAGCGGACGGGGUGAGCCUGUCAUGCCUGACUUUCUGGAUGCGGUGUACUUGCAAAACAACCUGACGUCUUACUUUGACGAGGCUAAAAUGAAAGCAUAUUCGGGGAUGCUGAGAGACGUCUUCCGCAUCUCGUACCCCAACCUAAACAACAAGACGGCCACGGCGUUGGGAGCAGCAGUCGUGGGAUUUGAAAUUGACCUGGUCACGGAAGGGCUUCGGUAUCAGGAAUCACUGGGGCCUGGCGCGGACUCUAUAAACACCAUCAAAAACGUGACCCUCGCCGAGAUCGACGAAGCUGCGCCCGUGUUCGGCUUUGGAAAGCUGGUUAUUGGACUCACGCCAACUGGAAAGGCGCCCGCCCGUAUCCUCGUAAACUCCCCGGACUUCUGGCCCGGGUACUCGAACCUCGUCGCGAACCACUCCAGGGCAGCCGUGCAGGGCUUCAUGAUGUGGACCGCCAUCAACACGGUUGGGAAAUAUAUUGGGGACCCGGAUCUCCAAGCGCUCCUGGGAGUGUCGCCUUCACCCAAAGUCGAGAGAUGGGAGACGUGCAUCGACGAGAUUGACAAGAUGGCGCGGCACAUCAAGGACCACUACUUCAUCUCCGCCACAUAUCCCGAGCUCACCCUACAGGCCGCCGACAAGAUGACCACCAACGUCAAGGCCGAGUUCAGGAAGCGCCUCGAGGGUUUCAAGUGGAUGAGCGCUUCCUCCAGGAAGCGGGCCCUGCAGAAGGUCGACAACAUGGUCCAGAACAUCGGCUACCCCAGGUCAAACCCAGACCUCCGCUCCGCCGACUCGAUCGCGUCGUACUACACCGGCCUCAACUUCACCUCGAGCUACUUCUCCAACGUGCUCUCCAGCCUGCGCUUCAAAACCACCAAACAAUACGCCAAAGUGACCCAAAAGCCCAACCGCAACGAGUACGACAACGUGGCCGAAGUCAACGCCUUCUACGACCCCACCUCCAACGCCAUCACCAUCCCGGCGGGCAUCUCGCAGCUCCCAUUCUUCCACUACCACCUGCCCGACUACGCGCUGUACGGCGGGCUGGGCACCAUCAUCGGGCACGAGAUCACGCACGGGUUCGACAACAACGGGCGGCAGUGGAGCGAGGACGCCGAGUUCGAGGUGUGGUGGGACAACUCGACGAUUGCCGAGUUCGAGGCGCGCUCCCAGUGCUUUGUCGACCAGUACUCGGCCUUCGAGGUCGAUGUGCCGGGAGGGAAGGCCCACGUCGACGGGCUGCAGACGCUGGGCGAGAACUUGGCCGAUGCGGGGGGGAUGCGCUCGGCGUAUGCGGCGUGGGAGGAGCAGCGCAAGGCCAUGCCGGCGACGUGGAACCAGGAGCUGCCGGGGCUGGAGAAGUUUACCGCGGAGCAGCUGUUUUUUGUGUACUCGGCGAAUAUUUGGUGCAAUACUCGUACUCCGGCCGAGAUGGCGAGGAUCCUGCCGCUGGAUGUUCAUUCUCCCUCGAUGGUCCGCAUUCAGGGCAUGGCGGAGAACUCGGAUGAUUUUAGGAAGGCGUUUAAGUGUAAGAAGAAGGAGGCUAAGUGCGAGUUGCUGUAG